CUAAGUCAAGGAAGGGCCAGACUGUCGUACACUGUACUUGCCUCUCUCUUUUCAGUCCCGGUUCUUUGCUCCCUCUUUCACAGUCAAGCCAGCGGCAAGCCCGACCGACACCGGGCGCUUCUGGUCUUAUUCGUCGAGCCACCAUCGCCGUCGCUCGUCAGACUCAUCCCCAGUGUCUUCCAGGAUGCCUCCCACCGGCCGCAGCUUCCGCAACAUGAUGCGCGGCAACUCGUCGUCCGAGUCUUCGAGCAUGUCGGACGAGAACGAGAUCCAGAUGCAGGGCUGGAUGCGCAAGCAGAAGGAGACGCUGCGCUCGUGGGCGCGACGGUACUUCACACUGAACGGCAAGGUGUUGACGUACUACGACAGCGAAGACACAAGUCGCGGCGCGCGCGGCAUCUUGGAGUUUGUGGACGUGACACCGCUCACUACCGAGAAUAACGGACUGUCGCUACACUUGGUGAACGGCAAGGAAGUUCGGCUCAUUGCAGACACACACGUGGCCUAUGCGGCGUGGAUGGCGGUGCUCUCAGCAGCCGUCAAGAGGCCGCGUACCAGCAAGAACCGCACCAGCAAGGAAGGCUGGGCCCACUGUCUCACGGACGACGAUGUCUGGACACGCUUCUUCGUGGUGAUCAAGCACGAUAGUUUUAGCUGCUACGAGUCCGAGGACGACGACGCUGAGCUCGCUUUGUCCGGACUCAUUCGCGCUGUGGACGAGUGGGACGGUAAGCGCUUCGGUAUCGUGUGCUCGCUCAACCGCAGCCGUACCAUCAAGCUGUGCUUCGACUCGGCCGAGGAGAAAAUGUCGUGGUUCCUCACGCUUGAGUUCUCGGUCUCGUAUGGUGCUGCACGGAUGAAGAAGGAGGCAUCAGUCAGGAGCAACAGCAGCGACCACAACCCCGUGCUGCGUGCCGACUCGUCCAAGUCGGACGUUGGGGCUGCUGCUGAAGAAGAAGACGACGAUGGCGUAUGGAUCUAGUGAUCGGAAGGAGAGAACGGAGCUGCUUGAAAGCGCUCUGAAACUUGCAUAAAGACAAAGACCCGCCCUCCUGGGUCACGCAGCUCGAGUAAAUAUUGCGACCCGAUCGGCUGCGACGAGUUUGUGGUCGCGCUUGUGGUCAUUUUUCUUUUUUGGUAGUGCUGCUGCGAGAACGCUGUAAAGGAAGAGAUUCAUUUCGAUGUAAAGAUCAAUAAAUGAAAGUAUACCAAGCCA